AUGGGCGGCCCGGCGCGCGCGCAACUGGAUUUGGCGGCGCGAAAUCGAGCUGAAAGGAUAAGGGGGAGAGAAGAACGACGGCCGCGACUCGCCGCCUGGAAGCUCCUCGUCCCCGACGGCGCUAGCUGCUCCUCUCCCUUCCACCGCCGGCUGGUUCCCCCGCUCGUCCUCAACGUCCACCCGCCGGCGCUGCUCCUCCUCGCCUGGGAAGUUCCACCCGCCGGCGCUGCUCCUCCAAGCCUGGGAAGCUCCGCCGGCCGCACUGCUCCUCGAACCUCCUCCCCGCUGCUGCGCUGCACUGCUCCAGCCUCCAAGUCUGCAAGAAAUGCUUCUGGUUGUGAAAGAAAUUGGAGCGGGUUUGAAGGGAUACACACUAAGAAGAGGAAUAGACUUACUACAGCCCGCCUCGAAAAGUUGGUCUAUAUUCAAUUCAACAACAGGCUGCUUAGUAAGAGAGAAAAGAUCAAGACAAAGAAGACCACUGAUGUUCUCUUGUCUAGUUAUACAACUGAAGUUCAAGGUUUUCUCCAAGAGGGUGGAGAUGAUUGCGCAUUAGUUGUCUUUAGAGAUGAGGAAGAUGAGGAUGAGAUGGAAGGUACAGGGAUACCUUGGGUUGUUAUUGGAGAGGCAGUGGGAGCAGAAGAGCAGCUUGAGCAGCGUAGAAGUGGUAGAGUGAGGGAGGCAAGGGAGCUCUAUGAAGGAGAAGAGUUUUCGUCCGAAGAAGAAGAGUAUGAGUCUGAUGAGGAUGAGGAUGAGUGAGGCGAAGCCGCUGAUUUCCCUUGUUUGUUCAAAGAUUUCCCUUGUUCAUAGCUUUUGGUUCAGGUAUUCAGUGCAAUGCGUGAGUCAUGAUCUGUAAUAUAGUGCUUGUGACUAGCAUCUUAAAUUCAGAAGCAUCUGGUUA